UCGUCUUUUGAAAUCCAAAUUCGACGGAUGGUAAAAAUUUGACGGAUGGUCAAGAUUCAACUGAACGGAUUCGCGUCGGAGUAAUUAAGCCACCUUUUUUGUUUUUUUGAGGCGGCAAAACGAAGAAGUGUCGAAUUAAUUUUAUUCUACUUUCGCGAGAAGCAUCGCUCCGGCGGGCGUGUGUGUGGAAAAACAUAAAUAAAGUGCAAUUACGGGUCAGUAACCCAAACAAAGAAGUGAUAAGAGUGAAAAGGGUCCUUGAAUGCGAGUGUAAAGAGUGAUAACGAGACAAAAAUGUGCAAUUUUAAUGCCAAGUAACUCGAAAAAUCUCUUUUCGAUUUGUGUGUUUACAAAUAAAUCCCCAAAUUAAUGUGCGAAAGAAUCUCAAUGAACAAUCAAAUUGAAUGAAAAGUCGCAGCAAAAAUUAAAAGCAAGCAGGAAAAGCAAGGAAAGCAAAGUUGAAGGAUAUGCCUCAAAGCUGAUCGAUUGACCGAGUGAAACGAUUGCGCCGCCAGUUGGUUAAAUGCUACAUAAUGUCGGGCAAGCACAUCGAACAGUAUACGAAUCCCUCCUUCGAGCAGGAGUCCGACCCACCGCCUCCAACAGGGGGCGUGGCAGAUGAGGGCGCGGGCAGCACCAACAAAGCCAACGAUGCCGGCACGGAAAAUCGCAAAGGUCACAGGCGGCAGGAAUCGAUGUACCAGAUGACCGGCCUCUACUCGGAGACGAAUAGCGGCGACGACAGCAGUAUAGAUGCGGCCCUCGACCAGGACACCCAGCCCCAUGCCACAUCGCACCUGGCCGGUGAGCAGGUGCCGUCGACAGUAGCCAUAGGAGGCGGAGGAGGUGGAGGAGCAGGUGCGUCAGUGGGAGUGGACAGCGUGACGGUCAAAUGCCACAGCCGACAGGCGUCGGCGGGCAAGUGUCCGGCGGAUCAGGAGGAGGACUUCGACGAGGAGCAGUUCCGAUCGGGCGAUUGCGGCAUCCUCAACUGUCGGCCCUAUGGCAUCCAGCGUUUCGCCCGCAUCAAAAUCUUUGUCCUGCUGCUCUCGCUGCUGGUGAUGAUGCAGCAGGCCCUCUGCUCAGGCUAUUUCAACUCGGUGAUCACCACGAUCGAGAAGCGCUUCGAAAUCCCCUCCAGCUACUCCGGACUGAUAGCCUCCAGCUACGAGAUAGGCAACGUAAUCACCGUGAUCUUCGUCAGCUAUCUGGGCAGUAGGCGGCACAUCCCCGUGUGGAUUGGAAUCGGAGCGGUGAUCAUGGGCAUUGGCUCGCUGGUGUUCAUGGUGCCGCAUUUUACGGGCGAGCCCAAUCCUGGCAUUGCGAUCGUGAACAAAACCAGCGACAACAUUUGCAGGAGUGCACUGGUUAGGGAGCAGGACAUGGACCUGGGUCGCCUCUCCAGCGGACUGUCCAACCAACCGCUGGCGCCGCACACAUUGCGCGAGGACAACUGCCUGGAGGGCAAGGCAUCCACCACGGGACCCGUGCUGCUCUUCGUGCUCGCCCAGCUGCUCCUCGGCUGCGGCGGAAGUCCGCUUUUCACCCUGGGCACAACCUACGUGGACGACCACGUGCGGACUGAGAGCUCGUCUAUGUAUAUCGGCUGCAUGUACAGCAUGGGCGCCUUUGGACCCGUGGUAGGCUUCUUGCUCGGCGCCUACCUGCUCUCCUUUCACAUGGACUCCUUGUCCUCCACCACCAUAUCAAUCACACCCGGCGACAGACGAUGGGUGGGAAUGUGGUGGGGAGGCUUCCUGCUGUGCGGAGUCAUUCUGCUGGUGGUGGCCGUGCCCUUCUUUUCCUUUCCCAAGGUCCUCGCCCGCGAGAAGAAGAAGAUACGGAAGAGCAGCGUGGUGCAGCCAGUUCUGCCAAACAACUCUGGGGCCACCGCUGCGACCGAUGAGAUGGGCAAGGUAAAGAAGCUGGAGAUUGUGGCCGUGACCAGCAAGGAGGACGAGACGCAGCCGCCUCCCAAGGUGGACACGGGGUACGGGAAGGAUAUCAAGGAUAUUCCGCAGUCGAUGCUGCGCCUUGUGAAGAAUCCCGUUUACAUCGUGACCUGCCUGGGAGCCUGCAUGGAGCUGAUGAUCGUCUCCGGUUUUGUGGUCUUCCUGCCCAAGUACCUAGAGACGCAGUUCAGCUUGGGCAAGAGUCAGGCCAACAUAUUCACCGGUUCGAUCGCAGUGCCUGGAGCCUGCAUCGGCAUCUUCCUCGGCGGCUGCAUCUUGAAACGGUUCCAACUGAAGCCCAAGGGCGCCGUCCAAUUCGUCCUGAUCACCAACGUCAUCUGCCUGGCCUGCUAUGCGAUGCUAUUCUUCCUCGGCUGCGACAACCUGAAGAUGGCUGGCACUACGAUUCCCUACACCAGCAACAAACACGGAUCGACACUGGAGCAGCCAUUCCAGGUGAACCUGACGGCGGCUUGCAACUUUGGCUGCGAGUGCCUGACCAGCGAGGUGGAACCGGUGUGCGGCAACAAUGGACUCACCUACUUCAGUCCCUGCCACGCUGGCUGCACGGCCUUCUCGUCUAGCUCCAACUACACCAACUGCGCAUGUGUUCACGCCAACAUCUCGAGCAGCAUUUAUCGGGGGGCUGGUGGCAGCCAGGCCCAGGCGCUCAGUGCCAACGAGAACUUCGCCGAGGUGACGGUGGUGCCGGUGGCCACCGCUGGACCAUGUGCCACACCUUGCCGCACUAUCUACCCGUUUCUCAUAUUGCUCUUCUUCAUGACCUUUGUGGUGGCCUCCACCCAAAUGCCGCUUCUCAUGAUCGUGUUGCGAUCGGUGUCCGAGGAGGAGCGCUCCUUUGCCCUGGGCAUGCAGUUUGUGAUCUUCCGACUCUUUGGUUACAUACCUGCUCCCAUCCUCUUCGGAAACCUCAUCGACUCUACCUGCUUGCUCUGGAAGUCGUCCUGCGGCGAGAAAGGAGGUCGCUGUCUCAUCUACGAUAUUGAGAAGUUCCGAUACAAAUAUGUUGGUCUGUGUGCGUCUGUGAAACUGGUGGCUUUGUUCAUCUUUAUGGUGGAUUGGUGGUUGGUGAGGAGACGCAAGCAGCUUGAAAAAAUGAAACCCCUAAACGCAAGCGAUCCCAUCAUUGGUUCCAUCAUUAGUCUAGACAAAUUAUUUGAAGAGAAGCUUUCUGGCGCCGAGCCGACCACUGCAUUUGUUGGAGGUGGAGGAGAACUGAUCAUACCCACAGAGAUACUUCGCCAUUCCCGCAACGAUUCACGCACCAUGCAGAUGGAUUACUGCUACGACAAGUGCGGUCAUGUGGUGACUCCCGCGAACACGUGCAACCAGCCGCAAACCAAAUCAAAGAAACACUUCCGAAGCGCCUCGUGUGAUGUGAAGAUGAUCAAGAGCUUUGCCCGGGAUCACAACUCAUCCAGUGGGCCGGCGGACGCGGCUGGUCAAGAUGGAGGUGCUGCUAGCAGUAAAUACAAGAAUCUCAAAAAGUUCCAGGCACACACGCGCAAUCACUCGACGGAUCUGCAUGAUCCUAGCCAACCAAUCCGAUAUAUUCAAAACCAGCUCCGACCGCAGGACUGUGCCGAAGAGGAUGAUGACGACGAGCUGACCACCGGCUGUGGGCACUUUGUCAAGAAGCACUCGCGAAACCACAGCUACGACCAGAUCUACAUGCCCAACAACAUACGCUUUGAUGCGGACUUCCUGCGUCAUCCCCAUCCUCACCACAAUCCCAAGAAAAAUGUAAAUGUACUGAAGAACGUGGUGACCGAUAUUGGCAAGCUCAAGAACUCAAAUGAAAUGGAGGCCGGUGGAGCUGGAUCACGUGGUCAUUCCCGCAACAACUCCAAGGACUUAAACACCAAAAUUCCCAGUGGAACUCCAGUUAAUAGUGGCUCUGGGCAGGGAGGACCAGAUACCAGCACAACGGGACUAAGUGUGCUGCGGCAUCGGCGUACCAACUCCAAGGAUCUAAAUUACCAAGUGCUGCCCGAGACUUCCCAGCACCCGCAUCCACAGCACACGCGGAACACGUCGCACCACAAGAUUCAGAUCGAUGAUGAUCGAAACGAGCUCAUUAACGACAUUGAUGACGAAGAGGAGGAGCGCUCCAAUUGUGCUUAGUCUGAUGCCAAUUAGUUUAAGCUAAGAUUAUCAGUUUGUGGCAGCAGCAGAAGUAACCGCAUCGGCUCCAUUCCUGGCGGCAAUCGCCUCUUCGUGUUUUUUGUGUGUUCAAUGCCCGUUUUCUGACGAAAUGACUUAACUCUCAGCUGCUCAUUGUACUUACGACCGAGUGUUCAAAUCUACUUUCCUCGUAGAAGACAUCUGAAAAUAGAAAUCUUUUGAUAUAUGCAAAAUUCAACCAGAAUUCAAAUCCGAAUCCGAUACGAAUACGAGUGCGAAUAUAUUUGCAGCUAAUAGUUACGUUACCAGGCAGUAAAAUAUAAAUCCUAGUAUGCAACUAGAAUAUUUUAGGAUAGGCGUAGAUCGUUGUGAUAGGAAUAUUUUAUAUUGUAUUUUUAGUGGAGUGUAGAUCCGUUAAAAGCCGAUCAAGCGAUCGAACUGCUCGACACGUUUCGCUUUAGCUCGACUAUGUGCAAUCUCGGUUUCGGAGUGAGACGAUUGACUGAGAAACAGUUGGAGAAUGGAAAGAGAAACGAAUAGCAAAUUACAAUGUUUUAAUAAUCCGAA